UGUUUUCUUUUUUAGCUUCGUGGGUGCACGCUACAAGUGACUCGAAAGCAGUUUUGCAGCCGUUUUCGUCUUUCCUUGCCCGAUAAUGGCAGCGCAUGUUAUGUGUUUAACAUCCGCAGGUGGCUUACCUUUAUUCACUCGUAAGAAAGGGGAAGGCGAUCUACUCCCAUUUUCUGUUGUGGCGUCAUUGAAUGGCGUACACAUGUUUGCAAAGACACAAGAGAUUGAUCUAUUGAGUACUGCAACAACAGAAACUACAUUUAUAUGGAAAGAAAUGGAGGAUAGUGUGAUAAUAAUUGCAGCAGCUUGUGGCGUCAGCACGGAAUUGCUAGAAAUGUUGGUGUCCUCAGUAUUCCAGGCGAUGAUUAUGACAGUUGGGAUUGAAGAAAUUCGAACUUGCCGAAAUAUCGAGAGGCUUAAAAGAGAAUUGCGGGCGUGUUAUCCUUUGGUGGAUCGUUUGCUGGAGUGUUUAGACACAACUUCACGCGUUGAUCUCCUUGGCCUAACUGAAGUUAUCUUAUGCCAUGAAAAUAUUUCUUUGCAGGCGCUGCUGGACGCGUACUGCGAGUGCCUGGGCUCGCUGCACGGCUGCCUGGUGGCGCGCGGGCGCACCCUGGUGGCGACGGCCAGCUGGUGGGCGCUGCAGCCCAGCGAGCGGAAGCUGCUGGCGCUGCUGGUGGCGGGCGACGGCCAGGCCACGGCGCGCGACGAUACUUUUGAUCAUUUGAAUGGAAAAUUUUUGUUGAGUGGCAAUCAGCUGCAAUCUGAUAGCAAAAAGGAUGUGUACCGAUUGGACAUUCUUUGCACAUUUUACUACCAAGGAGCAGGGAUGCUGUGGAAAAACUCAGGUACAUCCAAAGCCGUGGAAUCCUAUUGGUGUUCAGAAUAUCACAAAUGCCAUGCAAUGCAACAAGGAAACACACUGUUGUGUGUAUUAUAUGCUGCUGCAGUUCCAACAGAUACUAUGAGACACAUAACUAAGCAGUCUUUCAAGAUCCUCACAACAGACAAGCAGAUGUGUUGGUGAACUUCACAUACAGAACUGAUUUCCAAUUAUUCAGCUAUGUAAAAAUUUCUUGAGAGUAAUUUCACAAACCAAAGAUAUAAGUCUUUGUAGUGAAAUUUGUUCGGUUUAGAGAAUAUGCCUGUAAAAGGUUGACAAAGAAGCAAUGGUGCAAGUCAAGAUGAACUUGCUUAAGCCUACUUGAUCAGCAAUUGCCUGAGUUAAGUGCAUAAAAUUAAAUAAACAUCCACUCUGGCAGUAUUUUGCGUGCCACCAAUUUGAGUAUUUCUGUACACGGGCCUGGGUGAGGCAAGAAAUAUAGUUAAUUCAAGUUAAUGCAAGAAGUAUGAUUAAUUCACAAAUUUGUCACAUAGCUUGACAGUUCGGGUAAAUCUAUAUGAAUGACAAUAAAGGCAUCUUUUCAAACAUCAUCUGGCUAAUGUUGGCAUUAGCCAGAGGGCACUGGCUGUAAGAUAGUAGUCUGAAUAUUAUUUUGUGUGUUCAUGAAAAGUAUUUUGGUUAAAAAAAUGCAUUUGAAGUUGCACAGACUGAAGUUUUUAUGUAAAUAGCAAAGGCAGAAGCGUCAAUUGAUGUAAUCAAUGAGGAGAGGUUAGGUGAUAUCGUGUCAAGAGACACUGACAACUGACUCAGUAGACUUCGCAACUACACAUCAUGUUUGCCGCUAGUUGCAGAAACUUCUCACCAGCCCAAUGAUCUGUUAAUUACAUAAUAUCGACUAUUUCUCAUCACCAGAAAGUUCUUCACAUACCCUGUCACCUCAAGUUGGCUAAUGUUCAUUGGUUUGGCCCACUGUACAGCCUUGGGCUUUCUUUCUGGGUUCUCCCACUCCUCAUGAGACGAAGCCUCACAAAUAAGGCUGUCUACUCAUACUCGCAGAUGAGCAGUCUACAUUUUGUGUUGUAUCUGUCCAUAUGGGUGGUGGGAGACCAGGAUGAAGGGUUGUUGUUCCUCGUACGUUAAGAACAAUGGUAGGCAUGAAAGAGCUACACAGUUUGUUAUCAAACCAAUGAUGUUUACUGUUAUAAAAAGUCUUCAUUCAUUUAUUUUUUUAAAGAUUUAUUUUUCUUUCUUUGAAGCUUAAACGUAAAACUUGGCCUUGCUUGUCUACCACAAGAUUAAGUUCUCUAUUGGGAAACUUGAAACCUUAAAUGAUGGUACCUACUCAAUAUUCCAAAAAAGACAAUCUUUAAUUUUAAGACAGAUUUUUUAAAGAUUGACAAUGACUUAAUUUUGAAACUACCAAGACUGUUGUAGUUGCCAAGAUGUGAGUCAGUUCUGGAAGAAUAAAUGAUGAUGAACUUGUUAUAACUUAUUUAUGUAAAUAAAACAUUGAAAAAGUAUUCAUUUUGACUCCAAUGAUUAAUUACUCCAACUCUCAUGGAAGUCUGUGCCAACCAAACCCACAAGUGUUUCGGACAUGAGGGUUUGGUUGGCACAUUUCUUCACAGCAUGUGUGUUUGUGUGCAUGCGUGUGUGUGUGUGUGUAUAUAUUAUUUAUUUGAAUAAAAGGAAUUGUGAGGUCAGAGAAAUGACAUAAUUCUAGUAAAACCAUUAACACAUACAAACAUCUCUUCUGUAUGGACACAAUUUUAUUUGUACUGAGUUACAAAACAAAACAAAACUACAAUUAUCCCCAAAACGUAUUCAGAUCAUUUAAUAACAAUAUUUCGUAUAUCAUGGUACUUUUUUACAUCAGGAACAUGCUUUAUGUACAUUUAUACAAUUGCUUUUUCUAACUAGUUUGAUUUUUUUGUAGAUAUAAUAAUUAAGUAACAAAACAAGCAGAAAUUUAAAUCCAAAGAGUGAGAGUUUUAAUGCAGUGAUCAUAAAAUUGUGCACAUAAUACAGCCAAGUAAGCUGAAUGUGAGUGUGUACAUCACAUGCAUAGAUCUAACUACAAUAGGGCAGUCAUGACAUCGCUUGGCAUGUAUCACGGGUUCAAUUGCUGGAUUAUCUGACAGGCUCGGAUUAUCAUUUAGUUUCAUCACCCCUUCCAGAGUUAUCAAGUAAACUCUGUAAUCAAGAAAGGUAAAUCAAGAAGCCUAAUAGAAACUAAAGCUGGUCCCAAGCUGAAGGAGGGUUGCAGAUUGAGCUAGUUUAUACCUUUAAUAUCAUUUUUAUUUUUCCAUUGUACGCGAUUCCUUUGUACUAGAUAAGGUUAAAAUAUGAUAACUUUAGAAUGAAAAAAAAAUAAAUUGAAAAAAGGUAAAAAUAAAAACCAUAGAUGAAUAAUCAAAUCUUGGAAAAUCAAAAGUCACACAAUAAUAAUGUAGAUAAUGAAGGGAAAAAACCCAACAUAAAUGGGUGUAAUUUUAAGUCAUUUCAUGGGAGAGGAAAGGGAAGAAACUAAAAUUAUUUCAAUCCAAAAAAUAUGAAAUUAAAUUUAUUAAAGUUAUUUAAAGAUUUGUGUGCUAUUUUAUUAAUUGUUACAUAUUCUAAAAAACUGAGUGCAUGUCCGGUUUUGAAAUCAUUGACAUAGUUAUCGCACUUACGAAAAAUUGGCAGUUUCUAGUUUUUAUUAUCAACAUAUCUGGUAUGCUGGAUAAAAGAGAGAAAAUUCCUUAAGCCUUUGAAGAUAGCAGGGUGUCAGAACCAAAGGAAGAUCCUGCAGAGGCCAAGGAGACAAUCUUUCCUCCAUCAAACCUUUUUUUGUAAUGUAUUGAUAACAAUUACCAGAUACUGAUUGAAUCAUUUUCAUUAACCAAACCACAUAUGAAGGAAAAACAUAUACUAAAACUGAGCAAUUUGUUUGGAAUUAAUAGAUGGGGUGUGUUUCAAACAGAAAUAAUCGCCCUCCCCCAAUUUCAAAUGAAGCACUAGUUAGAUCAGUCUUGCAUUGUACAGCAUGAGGAAGAAUGGAAAUUUUGCAAGGUGGAAAAUGUUAAGAACUUGUUACAUGUGGUUAAGUGUUAUGAACAUGUUGAAGAAAGUGUGAGAACAAGAAAGGGCCGAGUUUAAAAUUUGAAAAAAGAACAAUUCUGAAUUCAAAAUACAAUAGAGAGGGUGAGAAGAAAUAAUGAAUGGAGAAUGCACCUUCUGGGAUGAAAUACAAGUUCUAAUAACUGGCAGAAACCACUUUCUGGAAGGAUAGUGAAGCCUUGAAAAAUCAAACAAUACUAAAGAAGAAGAAAUGCUUCCAUUAUAAGAUCACUUUACUGAGAAAAUAAUAUGUGCUGCUGGAACACAUCAAAUGCAUAAAUAAAACCAAUAAGAUUCAUAUUGAAUACACCAAGUGCAAUAAGAAAACAAACUAAACUUUUCAUUGUUUUCAUAAAUAAGCAUCAUGAAUGUUUGGCAAUAUGGAUGGCAAAAAUUGAACUCCUCUACACUGUUGAUGAAAUCAACUGAAAAAUAAAGACUUGCUAACAACAUAAUCUGAAGAAAUUUCCAUUUCAAAAGAUCAGAAAAAGUGAAGAUUCUUCUGUUUCAAUCACAACUUUCAAUUUAAAAUAAUUAAAUUUGUAAGUUAACAAACAAUAUGGCUUUUACCAGUACUGCAAGGAUGAAUUUACCUUUUUUCCACAGGUGCCAUGAUGCUGCUUCAUUGAACUAGGCCAUACUCUCACAAUAUUACACUGAAAUCAGAGCCAUGAGCAAGACAUACCUACUGAACAAUCUCCUUACAACCACAUCCCGGCAUCUUUGGAUCACUGAUGAAGUCUACAUAUUUACAAUUGCUAUGGAGUGAUUAACAACUGUCGUUCAGAAAAUCUGCAAUAGUUAUGAAGUGUUGUAGCUUUAGGGUACUUCUUAUUUGUAAGUUGGGAUGGCUUCGUGUAUGAUUUGGAUGUUUCGCCAAGCAUUGAGUUUUCACAGAAGACUAAUUUGAAACCAAGGCCCGACUACUUUUUAUACAUUUAUUUGCCUAGGGUACAAAGACUGUUCUUGACAGCUGUUAUUUUUUGUAUGAUUACCUACCACCACUCAGAAGGUUUCUUCUCAUUCAAAACGAUAUUAGAGUUUUAAUUCCUGAGAAAGUUUUUAGUUUAUUGUUAAAUAUUAAUACAAGUGAGUCUUCCCAAGUUAUUAUAGCCAGUUACAAUCCCAUAGAGGGCAAGAGUCUCGGUUUGCCAAAUGAGUUACAAAGUGAAUUAAUGAAUUGAAUUAAUGCAUUUUACGUGGCGAAGCUCGGGCCAUCAGGCUCGCUCUUCUGUCUCACCACGCAAAUUUCACUAAACUCCCUUCACCAACUAGCGAAGAAAGGAGGUAUUUCUUGAGCAUAUGAUACAGGCGAUUUGAAU